AUGUCAAUCUAUUUUAAACAUUUCCACUUGAUACGAAUAAUCAUAAAGUAAUUUUGUAAAUACACCUCUUCUAUGUAAGUUUGGUUGACUAUAGUUUUUAAAUUCUUCUAUAGUUUUUCAAGUUUGAGUUAGCUUGACUCACGUUAUGAUGAUGUCGCCGUAAAAGAAGUUUGUGAUCUGUGAGAAAGAAUAGCAGCGAAUGAUAUCUGUGAACUGUGAACUGUGAAUCUAUCCAUCUCUCGUUUUCGUCAGUUUUGUUAAGACAGAAUGCGUUACUUGUUUGCAUUUUUGUAAAAUUUGACUAUUAAAUUUAUGUUUCGUACUGGUCUUUGUUUGACGUUCCUAGCAAACCAUAUGUUUUGUGGAUACAAUGUUUAUGGUAACGAUGUUCACAAUAACUUGUAAUGUGAUAACCGUUAGCGUGUUGCUGAGUGAAGUGAGAUCGCAUCGGCUGACACCUCUGCGAUGAUAAUAUACACCACUAGCCAUGAUCGCUAAUCUACCGUUGCUUUUUGCAAACGGCAACCCAAUAGCGAUAUCAACAAUAUCAGCUUCACAGCUCGAGAAGUUCAUAACGUUUAUGGUAACAUGUUCUUGGGGCCACGACACCGCCAAAGACAUUCGCCAACCACCAUGGUGGCCGGAAGAUGUGGAAUUUUCUCAUCCCUUUGUGAAGCCAGCACAAGUUCCGCAGGAUUGGGAGACACGUCUAAAGAACCUUGUAAGGCGAUGUUACAAUCAUCACAAGAGCGCUUUUUUACUUGUGUUUUCUGCACAUCUCGCGCGCUUACCGAGAAAAAGGCUAAGGUUAGUUGACAAUCGAGAUCACACCACGUCUAUGUACUAUAGGCCAAGUGGACGGCUUCUAGUGACUUUUAGAAAUGAGAAUCUUUUUUAUGAUAGAGAAGAGUCAGUGGAAAAAGAGGAAUCGCCUGUGAAAUCUGCUGACAUAUAUCUCUGUGACAAUUGUGAUAGUCAUUUUGACAAUUUACAUACAUUACAAGCGCAUGAGAGGCUUUGCAAUAAUGAAAUCCCCACAAGUACAUGUAAUGGGGGGCUGGCAGAAUUUCUCUCUGCAUUGAAACUACAGUCAAUACAAGGAAUCGCCCAGAAUGCUAGUGCUAAAAAUGUUGACAUAGAUACUAGACCUAAGAAUUCACGAUCAGCUGCCAAUGUUGAUAGAGGUCCUCCCUUCCCUUUUUCCUCUUUAGCUUACAUGCGGAAUGCUAAAACAAAUGUUAACAGAGAUUCCACUUAUUCUAGAGAAAGAAUUGAAAGAUAUUGUUGUACAUCGACUCCUUUGAAUAGAAAUGUAGUUAGUAAAAGUAGAAAUCAAUUUCCAAUUAGAUACAGAAGGCCUAUAGAUUAUUGGCACAGAACACACAUAUUCCCAGAUCAAAGAAAUAAGAAGUUAUUGGAUGUGAAAGGACAACUAUUAUAUCUUAAGUGUAGACCUGUAUCUGUGAAUGUUGAAAGAAUGUCAUUAAAGAGUAUGACAGAUUAUAUUGAAAAACUCAAAAAGGAAUCUGAGAAUAAAAUGUAUGCUGUAGACAAAGAUAUAGUGUAUGUAGAUGGGUUUGACUCUGAUCAGGCUGCAGAAGCAGACAUUAGGAGUGCAGAUCCAUUGAAAAGACUAGAUAAUGAUUCUGAAGUGAUCGACUUGUGUUCUGAUGAUGAAGGACCUAGUGGCAAUGAGAACUUUGAUCCACGUGCUGGUGUUACUUGUGUAAUGAGAGGUGGUGCGGUGCUGCGUCGGGCUGCGGCAACACCUAAUGCCCUGCCUGCGGAGCCUUGCGGAGCACGUCAGCGCCCCCUCCCUGCACUCCAACACCUGCCUUCCGCUGUGCUGCAGCCACAUCCUGUGAUUCUGAUCGCUCAUACUCUGAACAAUUUACAGACUAUAACUUUAGAAUGAAUUUUAUAUUAUUUUAAUCAUACCAGGGAUAUUUUAUUAUUUAUUGCCCUCAAGUUUUUGUCUAAAGGAAAAAUUAAGGUUACCACACAUAUUUAAAAGCACCUCCCCUUCUAUGUUCAUAUGGCGCCAUUGUCAAGCUGUGCAAACCAGAUAGACAUGGCACUUUGCUAACAAAUGUCUAUCUCUGUCUCACUCUAUCAGUGACAGUAAGGUGAUAACAAGCUUAUUUCGCGAUGACCACGAGGCGCGGCGGUGCUGGUUGAGCAAGGUAUUAAGUGUGUGAUAACCUUUAAUCAUCAAAAUGUAUAGGUUUCAUUUUUAUUAGGUUUGUGCUUUUGAGUUGGAAUCAUACCUUACAGUUAAAUUUCUGAUAUUUAAAGCUUUGUUAUUAAUUUGUGAUAUUAAUAGCUGAUUCUUGUAGGUCAAGAAGCAAAUUAAC